AUGAAUCAGGAACUUGUAAAACAAUUAUUUGAACACGUAAAGCUCAGCUUAAAUUAUUCCUACUGUCCAUAUUCAAUGUUUGCAGUAGGAGCUUGUGUUUUAUGCGAUGAUGGAAAAACAUUUGUGUACGGCGCAAAUGUUGAAAACGCGUCUUAUAGCGCCGGCGUGUGUGCCGAGAGAGUUGCAAUAACGAAAGCAGUGAGUAUGGGAAAGAAGAGCUUUAUGGCAUUGGGAGUUAUGAGCGAUAAAGGCAGAGUUACUCCAUGUGGUAUUUGUCGUCAAGCGAUUCGAGAAUUUUCCAAGGACAUUGAUAUAUUUCUCUUUCAUCCUGACGGUACUUUUCAAACGAAAUCGAUUGCAGAGCUGCUUCCAGAUUCUUUUGGACCUGAAGAUUUGGAAUAA